GUAGAGAAAAUGUUAUGUAAGACCGUGUUGCUGUUGCUGCUUAUUUUGCUGCAGGCGAUACCGCGGCUGGACAGCUACAGCUAUGACGAGCCUGGAAAGCGGGAAGAGCGAGCUCUCGGCGAACCGGAUACGGGCGGGUGCUCGGAUGAUGGCUGCAACAAGAAGACCGCCAGUAUGUUAGACAAAAGUGAUCCCAAGACAAAGGCGUCGAAUAUUGCCCAGAAGGCGGCGCAGGAGGCGAGAGCCGCCAGCGAUGCGCAAAUGGCCGCAGCCGAGGCAGCUGCCACACAGGUCAAGCAGGAGUUGGCCGAUCGGGCGGCGCAGUCGGCGCGUGCCGCCGAGGCCGCGUUGGCUGGCAAGCAACAGAUUGUGGAGCAACUGCAGCAGGAAAUGACCGAAGCGGAUGCCGUGGUGGCGGACAUUACCACAUCACUGCAGACCACACAGGCGAAUGCCAACACCGCCUCACAAGUUGUCGCCGAGUCGCAAGCCCAGCUCAAUCAGCUGAAGCGCUUGGUCGCCGCCUUCACAUCAAAUCUGGCCAAUAUAGAGAAUGUGGCUAAUGGUGCGCAGCAGGAGCUGGCAGAGAAAACUCAACUCCUGGAGGCGGCCAAGAACCGCGUGGAGAGCCUCAGUCGCCAGCUCAACGAAGCCAAGCAGGACUAUGAGAAGACAAAGAAUGCAGCAUAUAAAGCAGCCUGUGCAGCAGUCGAGGCCAAGCAGAAGGCUGCCAGAAAUCGUCGGAUGGUUACUCGUUGGCAUCAGGCAAAGGAAUCAAUGAAAUCUGGUUCUGCCAUCAAGAAGUAGUGAUUGCAAUUGAUCUCUUUAUAAGCUACUAAAUUUUGUUAGCUUCAGUUGAUAUUUAUAGUCCAGUUAUUACGUUUUUGUCAG